AUGAGUCAAGAAGAGACCUUGUACACCAAAGAUGGAACCACUGAUUUCCACGGCAAUCCUGCCAUCAAAACCAACACAGGAACCUGGAAAGCUUGCCCCUACAUUCUGGGAAACGAAUGCUGCGAAAGACUUGCCUACUACGGAAUCAACACCAACCUGGUGAACUACCUCAAGUUGCAGCUCAACCAGCGCAACGUGGCGGCGGUCAACAGCGUCACCAACUGGUCGGGCACUUGCUACGUCACGCCUCUGCUCGGCGCCUUCCUCGCCGACGCCUACUUGGGCCGAUACUGGACCAUCGCCACCUUCUCCAUCAUCUACGUCUUCGGGAUGGCUCUGCUCACAAUGUCAGCAUCAAUCCACGGCCUGAAACCAACCUGCGACUACUCCGCGAGCCCCGUCUGCCACCCGACCGGGUCCCAGACGUCGGUCUUCUUCGUGGGGCUGUACCUGAUAGCGCUGGGCACCGGCGGGAUCAAGCCCUGCGUGUCGUCGUUCGGGGCGGACCAGUUCGACGACUCCGACCCGGGCGAGAAGGCGAGGAAGGGCUCCUUCUUCAACUGGUUCUACCUCUCCAUCAACAUCGGCGCCCUGGUGGCUUCCUCGGUGCUGGUGUGGGUCCAGACCAACGUCGGCUGGGGGUGGGGGUUCGGCAUCCCCGCCGUGGCGAUGGCGGUCGCGGUCGCCAGCUUCUUCUCCGGGACGCGAUUGUACCGCCAUCAGCGGCCCGGCGGGAGCCCCGUCACCCGGAUCUGUCAGGUCAUUUUGGCCUCGGUGAGAAAGUGUAGAGUCGAGCUCCCUGCUGCUGCUGAUAAUCUUUUCGAGACUUCGGAUUCCGAAUCUGCUGUCGUCGGGAGCCGGAAGCUUGAGCAUACGGACCAAUUGAGUUUCUUCGACAAAGCAGCCGUGGUAACUCCGUCCGACCAGCGAUUCAAAGGCGCGCCGAACCCAUGGAGGCUGUGCACGGUCACCCAAGUGGAGGAAUUCAAAUCAAUCGUCAGGCUGCUCCCCGUAUGGGCAACGGGGAUCGUCUUCUCCGCCGUCUACAGCCAGAUGGGAACCCUCUUCGUCCUCCAAGGGAACACCAUGGACCUCCACCUCACCAAAUCCUUCCAGAUCCCGUCGGCCUCACUCUCCCUCUUCGACACCCUCUCCGUCAUCUUCUGGGUCCCCGUCUACGACCGCGCCAUCGUCCCUCUCGCCAGGAGGGUCACCGGCAGGCGGCACGGAUUCACCCAGCUCCAGCGGAUCGCCGUCGGCCUCGUCAUCUCCGUCUUCGCGAUGCUGUCGGCGGGGACGCUGGAGACGGCGAGGCUCCGGCGAGUGAGGGAGCACGGCUACUACGAGGUGAAGCACGUUCCGAUGUCGGUGUUCUGGCAGGCGCCGCAGUACUUCGUCAUCGGGUGCGCGGAGGUUUUCACGUUCGUCGGGCAGCUGGAGUUCUUCUACGAGCAGGCACCGGAUGCGAUGCGGAGCCUCUGUUCGGCGUUGUCGUUGACCACCGCUGCGCUGGGGAAUUACUUGAGCACUUUCCUGGUCGACAUGGUUAUGGAUCUGAGCACCAGGGAUGGCGGCCCCGGAUGGAUUCCGGAUAACUUGAACUAUGGGAGGCUUGACUGUUUCUUCUGGCUUCUGGCAGGGUUGAGUGUGGUGAACUUGGGGUUUUAUCUUUUGAUUGCUAGGUGGUACACUUACAAGAAGCAGGUGGGAGUAGGGGAGUGA